GGUUUCGUUCCUAGUCUCGUGAUAGUGUUUUGUGUACGAACAGUUUUAAGAUGAGUGCGUGUCACAAGUGUUGUUAACUUACUGCAGAAGUCUUUCAAAAAUCCUUCUGGGCAUACCUUCUCAGACUGCGGGGGAAGAAUCAAGGUUCGUGUAACGAAGAGAAUACACCAGAAUCUCCCUUUAGCCGAAUGUCAUCAGUGCACAACGCUAGGACCAAGAGACACAGAAUUUCGACAUCUCAGUCAGUUUUUUCACCAAUUGAAGGAAAAGCAAUAUGUGGCAAAUGAAGAUGCGAGAAUUUGGGUGAAUGCUGGAUUCUGUCCCACACUGUCACUGGUACCAAGGUGAAGGAAUAUUCGGAAGGGCAUAACUGCAGCUUGACAAGCAGCGCAAACCAGACACGUACUCACAAUAAUUGCUUGACACAAAAUACCUCCAGCUGCAGACCAAUCCACUAGCUAAGUAUGUCCACACUGAAUGUACAUUCAGUAUAACAAGACAUGGAAGGAGAAGCUUCCUGGGUGUUACGGUAGCAAGAACUCUGCAGCUAUGAGCAGGUUCUCUUGAUCUGACACAAGACCCAAGUAUUUCACUUUUCCCGACGUCUAUCGCGAAAUUUCCAUUGAUGGCGGGGUGCGUACCAUGGGAAGAAUUCAACCGGUGUAUAACACAGUUGCUCACAAUAUCUGACCGAUUGUCUGACGGGUGGACACUUCAUAACAAGGAUGCACCAAAAGAAACAUAUUUGGUAAAGAAAGUGAUAAUUCCCGACACGGAGAAUAAAUCAGAUUUAAGCCCAUUUGCUGUAUCCUUGGAGGAACCUCUAGACGACGUUUUGGAGGAUGCAAAUGUGAUUAGAGAAGCAGGCGGCAGAAUUCUCACGUGGGAAUACCACGUGUUGUACAGCCGCAGUUACUUGGUGCCGGUACUGUAUUUCAACGCGUGGACGCAUGACGGACGGCUGUUGAGUCUUGAGGACAUGUGGUGUCGUGUGCACGCCAACUUCCAGGACUCACUUCAAGAGAACAGGUGGAGUGUCCUCACUCAACAGGAGCAUCCUGUGUUGAGAAGGCCGUUUUAUCAGCUGCACCCUUGUCAUACAGCCCAGUUGCUUGGCUGUUUCCGAGGCAAGAGUCCCAACAUUGUGAUAACUUGGCUAAGCACAGUGGGUCCUGUUGUUGGGCUAACACUCCCUCCGCAGUAUGCAGAAAUCACUUCAGUUGAAUGAGAAUGUAAACACUGUACAGGAGAUUUGUUUUGUUCUUCUGUAAGCAAUUGAAACAAUAAAUGAAAUGUAAUAUUAA